CCAUCUCAGCUGGAAACUCACCGGCGCACGCACACCGGGGAGAGGCCAUUCCCAUGCUCUGUAUGUGGAAAGCGUUUCACGCUGUCUUCCGCCUUGCUGACACACCAGAGCGUACACAGUGGGGAUACCAUGUUUGAGUGCUGUGUGUGCAGGAAGGGGUUUAUGCACUCCUCGCACCUCUUCCGGCACCAGUACGCCCACACUGACGAGAGACCGUUCCACUGCCCGAACUGUGGCAAGAGAUUCAAGAACUCCAAUGAGCUGAAGGUCCACCGGCGAAUCCACGUGGGGGACAGGCCCUUUGGCUGCUCCCACUGCGGCCGAAGGUUCAGCCAGUCGUCCAACCUGCUGCGGCACCAGCGGGUCCACACCAAAGAGCGGCCGUUCACCUGCUCCGUUUGCAGUCGUGGCUUUGCCCAGUCCUCGAACCUGCUCACCCACCUGCGUGUCCACACCGGCGAACGGCCCUUCGCCUGCAUCGAGUGUGGCCGGGGCUUCUCCCGCUCUUCCCACCUCGUCAGCCACCAGCGCGUCCACACCGACGAGAGGCCCUACCGGUGUGACAGCUGCAGCAAGAGCUUUAAGAGGUCAGAGGACCUGCUGAGGCACCAGCGGGUGCACACGGACGAGCGCCCCUUCCGCUGCCCGCUCUGCACCAAGAGAUUCCGCCACUCCUCCACCCUGGUGAAGCACCGGCGGGUCCACACCGGUGAACGCCCUUUCACCUGCUCCAGGUGCGGGAAGGGCUUUGCCUACUCCUCCAACUUACUGAGGCAUCAGCGGGUCCACGUGUACUUCGGCUCUAGUGACCUACCUGCCCAUACACCUGUUGUGCUGAAGGCCGCCAGUCUGUACCUCCUGCCUCAGCCUCAGCGGUUGCCUCCAAACUUUACUGAGCGGUCUCUCGUCGGUGUGGACGCGCUGGUGGUUGAUGAGGUUGGAGUAGCGGGAGAAGCCCCGGCCACACUCGAUGCAGGCGAAGGGCCGUUCGCCGGUGUGGACACGCAGGUGGGUGAGCAGGUUCGAGGACUGGGCAAAGCUACGGCUGCAAACGGAGCAGGUGAACGGCCGCUCCAUGGUGUGGACCCGCUGGUGCCGCAGCAGGUUGGACGACUGGCUGAACCUUCGGCCGCAGUGGGAGCAGCCAAAGGGCCUGUCCCCCACGUGGAUUCGCCGGUGGACCUUCAGAUCGCUGGAGUUCUUGAAUCCCUUGCCACAGUCGGGGCAGUGGAACGGUCUCUCAUCAGUGUGUGUGUACUGGUGCUGGAAGAGAAACACAAGGACACCCAUGUCACAGAGAAACCGUGUAAAUGCGGGGACUGUGGGAAGCAAUUCAGUUACCCGUCCCUGCUGGAAAUUCAUCGGCGCAGCCACACUGGGAAGAGACUGUUCACUUGCAUUAUGUGUGGGAAGGGAUUCACACAGUCUUCCCACCUCCUGAUACACCAGCGUGUGCACACUGGAGAGAGGCCGUUUGCCUGCUCUGUGUGUGGGAAAGGAUUCACACGCCUGUCCAAUAUGUUGACACACCAGUGGAUUCACACUGGGGAGAGGCCAUUCACUUGCUCGCUGUGCGGGAAGGGAUUCACACAGUCGUCCACGCUUUUGAUGCACCAGCGAGUCCACACGGGGGAGAGGCCAUUUACUUGCCCCCUGUGUGGGAAAGGGUUCACCAGCUCUGCAAAUCUGCUGACUCACCAGCGUCUGCACAGUGGAGAGAGGCCCUUCACCUGCACCAUCUGCUGGAAAGGAUUCGUCAGCUCGUCCAACCUGCUGACCCACCAGCACGUCCACACCGGGGAGAGGCCGUUCACCUGCACCGAGUGCGGGAAGGACUUCGCCCAGUUGUCGCACCAGCUGACCCACCAGCACGUCCACACCGGGGAGAGGCCGUUCACCUGCUCUGUCUGUGGGAAAGGAUUUGCUGUUUCGACAAGCCUGGUGAAGCACCGGAGGGUCCACAGCACCAAAAGACCCUUCAAGUGCUCGGACUGCGCAAAGAGCUUCAAAAGCACCAAGGAACUGGUUAAGCACCAGCACACUCACGCCCGGGAGAAGCUGUUGGCCUGCUCUGCGUGCGGGAAGGGCUUCUCUCGGACCUCCCAGCUCCUCACGCACCAAAGGGUUCACGCUGGAGACCGGCCAUUCACCUGUUCUGUGUGCGGGAAGGCCUUCGCUCACUCAUCCCACCUCCUCACACAUCAGCGGGUCCACACUGGGGAGAGGCCCUUCACCUGCUCUGUGUGCGGGAAGGGCUUCACUCAGUCCUCCAACCAACUGAGACACCAGCGAGGUCAUGUCUGACGGCAGGGAGCUGCUUUAGAGUAAGAGGAACAGUACUGGUCACGGCUGAUGUCUACCUCCAUUCUGUUCAUCAGGCUUUGAGUGGCUGAUUGCAACGUUGUCGCCCCACACAAACAUGUCUUAAGAAUUUUGAUUAGCUGCUAAGUUCCAUUGUACGGGCAGGUCCUGCUUGAGUUCUGGCAUCAAUUCGUGGACAGCUUUUUAAAAGAAUUCUCCUACUUUAUAAAUUAUUUUUUCCUUUCUCACACCAAGCUCUCCCUUCCCUUCGCUACAUCAGAUGCAGAUGUCUCAACUGUGAGUUAAAACAUAGAUUUUUUAUAAUGCUUUGUUCUUAUCUUGACCACAGAGUCAAACACUUUCCUUCUGUUGACACUUGAUCCAAAAUAUAACUGUUGGUGAAGUGAUGAGGUGCUUUUCCAGAGAAUAAGUUGUUUUUAUACAGUGAGCUCAGCUUCCCUCUCCUU